AGUCCUCACGCCGUCCUUUGCUCUCCUCACGUCCCGCCUGACACCCAGUGUCCUCCGGGCCCGCACGUCACGCCACGGGCCUCCAAUCUGCAAACAGCUGGGAAACAAUGGGCCGAUGAACUUUUAGUUACUUGACACAACUUUUCCAUAUCAGCGGAGUUGUUUUUUUUUCUUUAAUGUGUUGCCGAGGAUCGUAACAUUUUUUUUUUUUUUUUUUUUCAAACGGAGGAAAAAGUGUAAAUUUAAAAAUAAGUGCGAGUAGCUCGUCCAAUUCUCCAAGUGUUUCUUUGUGGGGAUGUUGAGCUCUGUGAAGAUGGAAGCCCACGACCUACCUGAGUGGAAUACUUUCUACAGCGAGGCCAGUGAGAUGUAUUCCUCGCCCAGCAGCAUGAACGCCGCCUUGGCUUCGGUGAGCUCCAUGGGGCCCCUCAACAGUUACAUCAACCUUAAUCCGGCAGGCAGCGGUGGGGGCGGCGGCCUGAACAUGGCGUACCCCGGCUCGGGGCUCAGCACGUCCCCGUUGGCCUCCAUGGGCUCGGGGCCGGCCCACAUGCCGCUGUCCCCAGUGGCGCCCUCUCUGGGCUCGAGCUCGCUGACCCAGCUGGGCCCGAGCGCCGCCCCCAGCUCCCUGUCCCACUACGGGAACAUGGGUCAGUCCAUGAGCCAGCUGGGUUACACGUCGGGCGCCACUCUGAGCCGUGCCGGGUCCAAGGAGAUCCCGCCCAAGCCGUACCGCCGCUCGCUGACCCACGCUAAGCCGCCCUACUCGUACAUUUCGCUCAUCACCAUGGCCAUCCAGCAGAGCGGCAGCAAGAUGCUAACCCUCAACGAGAUCUACCAGUGGAUCAUGGACUUGUUCCCUUACUACCGGGAGAACCAGCAGCGUUGGCAGAACUCCAUCCGCCAUUCGUUGUCUUUCAACGACUGUUUCGUCAAGGUGGCCCGCUCGCCAGACAAACCGGGCAAAGGCUCCUACUGGACUCUGCACCCGCAGUCGGGCAACAUGUUUGAGAACGGCUGCUACCUACGACGCCAGAAACGCUUCAAAAUCGACGACAAGCUGUCCAAGAAGGCGGGGAAGGAUGGAGGCAAGGGGGGCGAUGCGUUGGGCGACCGCAGCCCGGCGGGCGGAGGCUCAGACGAAGCUGACUCGGCCCACUCGGACAACUCCCACCCGGGUUCGUCUGACGACCAGUCGCUGCCCUGCGGGACUGCCGUCAGCUCCUUACUGGUGCCGCUUGACUGCCCGCUGCCGCCGCCCGCCCCUACCGCCGUGCCGCCCACUUCCUCCGCCGCCAUCUUCCAUUCCCAGUCCACCCACCUCCUACCUGGCGCCAUGGGCCAGCACAUGGACCUUCAGAACGACGCCCUCAAGUCCCUGGACCCCCACUACAACUUCAACCACCCCUUCUCCAUCACCAACCUCAUGUCCAAUGAGCAGAAGAUGGACCUCAAGUCCUACCAGGACCAGGUGAUGGCGUACAACAGCUACACCUCUAGCGGCUCACCCGUGGCCGCCAAGCAGAUCUACGACAGCCCCGGACCGGCGGCCAUGGACACUGGUGCCUACUACCAGACCCUCUACAGCCGCUCCGUGCUCAACGCAUCGUAACCUAGCACAAUACAAGAUGGAGGCUUUCUGAAAAGACUCUAAAAUGGCCGACUCGUACGGAAAGCCAUCUGAGCCUGUACUCCAUAUCCUUGAGAUCCAUUUAAAUGUCCGUGUAGUAAGACAAUUCUAACCUUAUCGGUAAACUAUUUAGCUGAACAGUCACACAAAUAAGCCCAACAAGACAAUUCAGUGCAGUAGUAGAACAACUAUCGCUCAUAUUUGUUUUCAAUUAUGAGUCAGGUUUUGUCCCACGUCAAUUUUGACCUACUGGUGCGCAAUUAAAUCUUACUAGUAAACUAUUAUGCUGCAGUAAUGGCACGACUAGCCCUAACUACUUACUACAUAUUGGAACUUGGACCUUUUGGUGGUCAUCAGGAAUGUGGAAUAAAUGCCCGGUCAGCUUUCGCUAGCCAUGUUUUGAAGGACCACAAUUCUUGAUUUUCCCCCCUUAUGGAGACUCUCUGGUUACACACAAUGAUGAAGUUGAUGACGGCGAUGACGAUGGACUUUGUAGAAAGUGUAAAUAGUGGCAAUGUAUGUGCGUACGUGCGUGUGUGUGUGUAUGAGUGUGUAAAAGGGGUAUUUGCAUUUAUUUAUAAAGGGAAUAAAUUUUAAUAUAUCUUAUAUUCUGCUUUGUCCAAACAGUUACAAACAUGUGCUUCAGGUGUUACUUUCAUGCUUCAUGUUACAAUUUUUUUUUUUUAUUGCAUCCGCCACCAUUUUGGGUUUAAUUUGGAAUAAGGGAUGUUUCGGAAUGUUUGAAUAUUCUACAAUACAGAACAUUACGGGACACAGAUGUUCUGGUUUGGGAAUAUUUUAGAAUAGGAAUGUUCUGGAAUGCAGAUGUUCUGGAAUAAAUGAAUAUUCUGGAAUAAGGGAAGUUGUGGGACACAAAUGCAUGGUAAAAUUCUACAAUAAGGAUGUUCUGAUACAAGAAAUUCUGGAAAUAGAAAUGUUGCGGAAUAUGGGGAUGUUCUGGAAUAGUAAAAAAAAAAAAAUGACUAGAAUAAGGAAUGUUAUGGGACACAAAUGUUCUGGUGUGACAAAAUUCUUGAAUGGAAA